AUGGACUCACAGGAGCGCAGCACCACUCAAGAAGAGCGUCUCAUCUUCACCUGCCCUCACAUCUUCACCCGCCCUCGCACAUACCCUACCUUUGCCAGCAAUGCAUUGAUGCUUUCAAGUUCUGAGCAGACACCUAUGAAGUCUCUGGUUGUUCCUCUUACAGCAGGUCCUGAUUUGGGGUGGCACAACAACGCACACCUAGAUAUCCGAUGUCUUAACAGAACGAGCGCUAUGGUGCCCAAUGCCAGACACCCUUUCAAUGGAAUGGAUGUAGAUCUAGAUUUCUCCUCGCCGUCCACACCUUCUGCUGCAACCCCCACAGUGUCUUUUGCACUCUCGCAAGCUGCUUAGG